GCCGAAAAUAAACCUUUUUAUUCUUAAUAAAAACAAUCUUAUAUUUUCCCUUUUCUUUCUUCUUCUUUUCUUAUACUUGGAUCAACAACAAAAAAAUACAAGCAACCCCAACAUCUUAAUUUUACUUUAAGCAACCGGUUUUGCUUCAACACAUAUCCUCAUAUUCUACCUUUUUUUAAUAUAAACCAUGGUGACCUUGAAUAAAAUCACUCGACGUGUUACAGAAACUCGCUGGUCGAAACUGUAUAUUACAAUGGCGUUGCUUCAAUGCAUUUUUAUUAUUGGACUUCAAGCAGCAAUUUGUUCACAAAACACACUACAAGCAGAUCUAUUACCACAAUCCGAAUCAAAACUUCUAGAUGCUUUAACAAACAACUCCAGCGAAAUUCACCUUCGAGCCAAAGAACGACUUGAGCGAAUCAAGUGGGAAAACAUCGCCUUUAUGGGGUUUCAAAUAUGGUACUUUGGCAUGGCUAUUGAUGCUACGGUCUACCAAAACACAGCCGAGAUUUUGGUGCUGGCUGUCUUAAACUGUCUAUGUGCUAUUUUAGGAGCGCUUGAAAUUGUCGAUGGUGUCAAAUGGCUGAAUUUAUUGAAAAAGACUCAAUAUGAUACAACACCUUUGGCUGUAGCAGAAAAAAUUGAAAUCGGCUUAGCUAUUGCGAUUCUUGGCUUUGCUAUUGCUAUGGCUUAUUUGAGUUUCGAAAUGUCAAAGCAAUUCGGCUGGAAUAUUUACAAGAAAAUCGGAGCAGAUGUCCGAAUUCAAAAAAUGUACAGAGUAUUUCAAUUUUUUGUCUUAUCAAUCAAAGUAGAUAUCUUUACAGAAUUUUUGAUUUCUUUGUUUUAUCUGAUCCAAUUCGCUGUGGGAGGAGUCAAGUCAAAUUGGGAUACGUGGUUUCAAUUAGUCAUUACUAUUUUAUUGCUCCCCAUGUUGUACUUUGCAAGAACAGCUGGAAGCACAGAGAGCCCAGGCAGAAUGAUUACUUUUAUUACGUUUCAAGGUAUUGUGAUUGUUCAUUUCGUAUUGAUCUUGCGUGAAACAUUUAAGCCAAACAACAAUUGGUAUACAUGGAUUGUGUUUAUCUGCGUUGGCAUGGCAACUGCUAUCGUGACCAUUGUGCUGGGAUCUUUUGCUAUGCGCAACUUUGGAGAAGGAUUAAAACCCUAUGUACAAAGAGGUGCUAAGAACAAGAGUAAACAUACUGAUCUUGAGUUAAACAAGACAACCACCAAUGGCACUUGGAAAAUUGAUGACAAUUAGAUUCAAUAGUCAUUCUCUUUAAAAUAUUCAUGUAAAUCAUUCUCGCUUUUUAAUCUUAUUUUUACUUUAUAAAUGCAUCAUUUUAUCAUAUUGGAUCUGACUCUUCCUAUUUCAACUAAGCAGG